AUGACACUGAACAAUGUCUACCCGCCUUACAGUCGGGUGACAAGCAAAUUCUUUGGACGGAAAAACAAGAAAAAUAAACGCAUGAAACAAAAAGCUGGCACCUAUGCUGGACGAGAACGUGCCAACACGGCAAUGGACAACGACGUGACGCCGGUGUAUCUAGCCGCACAGGAAGGACACCUUGCGGUGUUAAAGUACCUAGUACUAGAAGCUGGUGGCAGAUUAGAUGCGAGAGCGCGUGAUGGGAUGCUCCCUAUACACGCUGCUGCGCAGACUGGCUGUCUUGAUUGCGUCAAAUGGAUGAUUAUAGAAAGAAAUGUGGACCCGAACGCUAGAGACGGAGAUGGCGCAACUCCGCUCCAUUUCGCGGCUUCCAGGGGACAUCUCAGCACAGUCCGUUGGCUUCUCAGACAUGGAGCAAGGCUGCAUCUGGACAGGCAUGGCAAGAGUCCCAUUAAUGAUGCCGCUGAGAAUCAUCAUUUGGAGUGUCUGAAUGUUCUUGUGGCUGCGGGCGCGACUGGAGCUGAUAGCAAACAGCUUUCCGCAUACAAAGCGAUUCACUCCUGCGCAUGCUCCCCAAGCGACACAAGAUGUGCUCUCCCGAACUGCAUCAACGCAAACAGCACUCGUUCUCCCUUCUACCUUCACGGACCAGAGCGAGAGAGACGCAAUUCAGGCCAGGAACGCCGAGGCUCACUAUCUUCCACCGUUGGCUCCAUUAGCUCGGCCAGAUCUGGACCUGCAGAUGGGCUGUACGUGAAUCCUAUGCAGAGAGGAAACCCAAACAGUGCGACGCACCAUAGCUCUUCGGGGGAGGAAAGUUCAGCCUCAGCGUCGGAGGAUGCAUGCGCCGCCGGUGGCUGGUUCUUACACAACAACAACAACACUAACUCUGGAGCUCCGGCUGCAUUGUAUCAGCGCGUCAGAGAUCUGUUCCACACUCGCUCACCCGGGCAACGGGUGCCGGCUGAGGGCCAAGAGGCUCCGGCCAUGACUGGAACAAGGCAGUCAGAAGAACCGGAGGACUCAAUUAUUACUGUGAAAGCAGAAAUACAUAGCUCUGAAGAGAUGGCCACUGUGCAAGAGCAGUCAGACAGCGACAGUGGCGCCGAAGCUACCCGACGUGAUCAUCAUUACGAGGACAUUUACUUGCCUCGAGAGGAACCGUCAUCAUGCCAUCAAAGACGAAGGAGCAGUUCCCGUGACUCCGGGAGCCACAGUCGUCCGGGAAGUGCUGCGCUCGUGGUGGAUUACAAUUCCAAAGAUAAUACUGACACAGCUAGCAAGGCAUACGAGGAGGUAUCUUCUCCAGCUUCUGAAGUUCAAAACAAGUCAUCAAUAGCCAGUAAACUAGCGGCACUUUCACACAAGGCUCAGAACUUUGCUAGUCGCAUAUCUUCUGCAGCUGGCAGUCGUCGAGCAUCAGUUUCAGAUGAGGCCACAGUAGCCCAAGCUGCUUCAGCAUCCUCAGGAGUGUCCUCCGGAGGUAGUUCUGGUGACGAAGCCCCACCACCACCGCCUCCACCUCCUGCUCCACCCGCACCACCACCGCCUGUGGUCUUAGAAGAACCGGCCUUGAAACCUUCGGAGUUAAAGAUCAGGCUUGGUAAGUAA